AUGCCCAGCGCGGCGGCGAUGGCAGCGGGCGCGCUGUCCAGCUCCCUCCUGCUCACCUGCUGCCUGGUGGUGGCUCUGUGCAGCCCGAGCAUGCCGCUGGAGAAGCUGGCCCGCGCGCCGGAGCAGCCGGGCCAGGAGAAGCGCGAGCACGCGUCUCGGGACGGCCCGGGCCGGGUGAGCGAGCUCGGGCGCCCGGCGAGGGACGAGGGCGGCGGCGGCGGCGGCGGCCGGGACUGGAAGAGCAGGGGCGGCCGCGGGCCGGCCGGCCGCGAGGCGUGGACCAAGCAGAAGCAGGCCUGGGCCGCCCAGGCCGGGGCCCUGCCGGCGCGGCCCCGCGGGGACACCCCGCGCGAGGAGCCCCCCGCCGCCCAGGACGCGGCGCGGCCGGAGCCCGAGCCCACGCCCGAGCCGCCGGAGGAGUACGCGUACCCGGACUACCGGGGCAAGGGCUGCGUGGACGAGGGCGGCUUCGUCUACGCCAUCGGGGAGAAGUUCGCGCCGGGCCCCUCGGCCUGCCCGUGCCUGUGCACCGAGGAGGGGCCGCUGUGCGCGCAGCCCGAGUGCCCGCGGCUGCACCCGCGCUGCAUCCACGUCGACACCAGCCAGUGCUGCCCGCAGUGCAAGGAGAGGAGGAACUACUGCGAGUUCCGGGGCAGGACCUACCAGACCCUGGAGGAGUUCGUGGUGUCCCCGUGCGAGCGGUGCCGCUGUGAGGCCAGCGGGGAAGUGCUGUGCACGGUGUCCGCGUGUCCCCAGACGGAGUGUGUGGACCCCGUGUACGAGCCCGACCAGUGCUGUCCCAUCUGCAAGAACGGUCCCAACUGCUUCGCAGAGACGGCCGUCAUCCCAGCCGGCAGGGAGGUGAAGACGGACGAGUGCACCGUCUGCCACUGCACCUACGAGGAGGGGACGUGGAGGAUCGAGCGGCAGGCCAUGUGCACCAGGCACGAAUGCAGGCAGAUGUAGACCCGGGGCCGCGCGGGCGUCUCCCGGGGGACCGUGCUGGUGUCUGCAUCCUGGGCGGCUCUGAGAAGCACCGGCCGGGGAGGGGGAGACCCUGGCCGAGGCGUGAUGGACACCGGCCGGCACUUGUGCUCUUCUCGGUAACAGUGACUGCAAGAGAAGGACACGGAUCUAUUUCAAGACAUCCACAAGAACUCGGGGCCAUCGGAGCCCUCUCUCAAUAAAAUGUGCUAUUUUCACAGCGAGGACACCGCAGUCCACUAUUCUAUAUGAAGUGUAUUUCUAUAACCCUCGAUGAGAGAGCUUAUAUAAAUGUUUUCUAUAGAUACAGAUUAAAAAGCCUGGGCUGCCCUCCUGGUGUCCCCGCGUGUCUCUUCCAGCUCGGAUCCCCGAGUCCGGCCCGUGCGGUGAUCUGCGGUUGCUGGGUCUCCUCCGGGUCUCGGGAGGGCGUGCCCAGUGACAGAUCGUCAGAUAACGGAACCGAUUUUUGCUGAAAGCCGGUCCAGGUUCUGCUCCAUCACAGAGAGACCAGUGGUGUCUUUUCCUUCGAAGACCCAGGCAAACUCACACCGAUACAAUACGUCCUUCUUAUAACCUGUGCCGUUAUCAGCUCCAUCCUCGGUCAUUUGGGAGACGCAGGUGCAGAGGUAACGGACACACACAGGCUUCCUGCUCGUUCAGAGCUCCCACACCGCGGGCCGUGGAUGGAGGCGUCUGUGUGUUUCCGGCCGCUGGUCCAACACAAGUAGGAAGUUAUGGUCACCGGGAUGGGAGCUGAGCCAGAAGGCAGCAGGGGCGGUGGGAAGGGCUUCCUAAGAUGAGCAGAGACUACAGGCAAAACAAUUGCCUGUUUUAAGAAGUCAUUUCAUCAUCCAAGGGGGAAUAAUUGUAUGUAGAGAACAAACAUAAGAGACACAAGCCU